UGCGGUCCACAGUGCGGGCAUGUGUUGCUUCUGAGAGGAGGCAGAGUUGAGUGCGCAGAUUUAAAGGCGACACAAAAGGAAAGCCAGUGACAGGCAACAGCUGAUGUAGGAUGGGUAAAGAGAGGUGACAUGCCUGUAGGAAUCCAUGGUGAAACAGCUGAAUAGUCACAACAGAAACCUGGGUUACAGAAAAGGACGGAGUAAAAACAGAACGAGACCAAUUCACAUACCAUGAAGACAGAGUUCUCUGUUAAUCAGCGUCUGAAUGGCACUGGGACUCUGCACUGCUCGUCUGGCAGUAAUUAUGGCGGCAAAGGGAAGAGGAUUAAGGUACUAUCCCAUUCAGGGGUCCCAUUAGUGGGAUUGAUGUUGUUGGCCACCCUCCCUUUUGGAGCAAGCAUCAAACAAAGUGUCCCCAGGGUCAAACUCAGCCACAGAGAACUGCUGCAAGCUGGCAGUGUAUCUCUGUUUUUGGGCCCCUCCGAUGGCCUCCACUCUCAAUCGCUGCUGUUGGAUGAGGAGAGAGGUCGUCUUCUGCUGGGAGCCAAGGAUCACAUCUACCUGCUUGACCCUGACAAUCUGGCCAGAGCCCCCCGAAAGAUUCACUGGCCUGCUCACCGGGACCGAGUCGAAAUGUGCAAACUUGCCGGCAAAAAUGCAAAUUUGGAGUGUGCUAACUUUGUCAGGGUCCUCCACCACUACAAUCGAACACAUGUCUAUGCCUGUGGGACAGGAGCCUUCCACCCCAACUGUGCUUUCAUUGAAAUCACUGGCCGCAGACAGGAUGGUGUAUUCCAACUGCUGUCUAGUACAGUGGAGUCUGGCAGGUUGAAAUGUCCUUUUGAUCCCUUGCAGCCAUUCACCUCAGUCCUCUCAGAUCAGUACCUGUAUGUGGGCACAUCCUCAGACUUCCUGGGCAAAGACACAACAUUCACACGCUCCCUUGGCCCUCCACAUGACCAGCACUACAUACGCACAGACAUCUCUGAAGACUACUGGAUCAAUGAGGCCAGGUUUAUAUCUGCUCACCCCAUUGCAGACACCUACAAUCCAGAUGAUGAUAAGAUUUACUUUUUCUUCCGUGAGAUGUCGUGGGAAGGCAACGACAAGACCAUCCUGUCCCGUGUGGCUCGUGUGUGCAAGAAUGAUGUGGGUGGGCUGAGGAGUCUGACCAACAAAUGGACCACCUUCCUCAAAGCCAGACUCGUGUGUUCUAUCCCUGGACCAGACGGAGUGGACACACACUUUGAUGAACUCCAGGACAUAUUUCUGCUCUCUACCAGAGAUGACAAAAACCCCAUAGUGUAUGCAGUCUUUACCACCUCCAGCUCCGUUUUCCGUGGCUCAGCAGUGUGUGUGUACAGCAUGGCAGAGAUAAGGGCUGUGUUUAACGGACCUUACGCCCACAAGGAGGGGCCCGACCACCGAUGGGUAGAAUAUGAGGGGAGGAUACCAUAUCCCCGUCCUGGAACGUGUCCCAGCAAGACAUAUGAUCCAAGGAUCAAGACCACCAAAGACUUCCCAGAUGAGGUGGUCAGUUUCAUUCGAUUCCACCCUCUUAUGCAUCGCUCUGUCUACCCCCUGACUGGCCGACCCGUGUUCACACGAGUCCGAGUAGACUACACCCUGACUCAGAUCGUGGUGGACAGAGUUAUGGCAGAGGAUGGACAUUACGAGGUCAUGUUCCUGGGAACAGAUGCCGGCUCAGUUCUGAAGGUGGUGAGCAUUACUCAAGAGAAUUGGUCAACAGAGGAAGUGGUGCUUGAAGAACUCCAAGUUUUCCAGGUCCCCACUCCAAUCCUCAGUAUGGAGAUGUCUUCUAAACAGCAACAGCUCUACGUCGGUUCAGGCGAAGGGCUUGCCCAGGUUUCACUCAGUCGAUGUCACCUGUAUGGUCAGGCCUGUGCUGAAUGCUGCCUGGCACGAGACCCCUACUGCGCCUGGGAUGGACACACAUGCUCACAAUAUAUCCCUGCAUCCAAGAGACGGGCCAGAAGACAGGACGUCAAGCAUGGAGACCCUGCCAGUCAGUGCUGGGACACAGAGGACAGUCUUGUUGGGGGACUGGUGGAGGAGAGGGUUCUCUUUGGGGUGCAGAGCAACUCCACUUUCCUCGAGUGUAUCCCCAAAUCUCAACAGGCCCAGAUCCGGUGGUACAUACAGAGACCUGGAUCUGAACGCAGGGAGGAGGUCAGGCUAGAUGAUCGCGUUAUACACACCGAUCGAGGUCUCCUGAUUCGCUCCCUCCUUGCCUCUGAUGCUGGUGUGUAUGUCUGUGUGGCUCAAGAGCAUACACACUUCACACACACUCUGCUCCGGCUCAAGCUGCAACUAGUUACACAUGGACAACUGGAUGGGAAGCCCAAGCCCAGUGAAUCCCCCGUGGUGGAGCUACACCACGGCGCAGAGUCCCGCCAGCGUUAUAAGGACUACCAUAGAGUGAUGAGCUCUCGCUUUGUCUCUCUGGAGGAGUACUGUGAUUCUCUGUGGCUGGAGAAGAGGCCGUCAAGGGUGCGAGGACGAGGCGCCGGCAAGUGGAAGCAUAUGCAGGAAAUAAAGAAGAGCAGGAAUAGGAGAUACCACAAGGAGAGAGAGGAAGAGGGGGGAAAACAGGAAAAAGGGAGGGUGGUGAGGACAGCAAAGCAGUGAGGGAUGUGGUGAAAAAACCAUCACGGGUAGGAUAGAUGUGAGACAGAACUGCAAAAUCAGACAAAAUCUAACUCAAAGUUAACGGGGCAUGAAAGAGUAACACUGAAGUAUAUAGUUCAAGUUCAAAAUAAAGGUAUUCUUUCAAAAAGUUAUUUUAAGUAGUAUUGGGUUAUAAAUAUGUAAUUUAAUUCAUCUGCCAGCUACAAAAUGAAAGAACAAUUGAGUUGUUUGAGAGAAAAAUCAUCUUCUUCAGUGACUUUUACAGCACAUUCCAUGAAAAUGGUUCAAAUGCUCUGAAUAGAACUGAGAGUCUUAUUCUGUUCUGUUUGCAGAUAACAUGUUUUAAAGAAAAGAAGACUGAAUAAUGUUUUUUUUUUAAACAGUCAUCUACUGACUUCUAUUUCAGCUACAGUGCUACUGGAAAUAUGCUGACCCGAUGAAGGAUUGCAACAUGUCAGGCCUUUUCUACAGGUUCUACUGGCCAGGUUUUAUUUCCCCAACAGUACAGACUGAUGGUUAAUAGAGGUUAUCAUUUGAUGAUACUGAAACAUAUAUUUGAAUUGGAAAAUAUAAAAAAAAGAAAAUUUGCUCGAGCUGACAUGCAUUCAUGUUGAAUGACUGUAAAUAUUUAUGUAACAUGUACAGGAGAUACAGCACACUGAAUUUAAUCUUAUUACUGAUCUGUAUAACUAUAAUGAUAAUCAUGUAUUAUGUUUGGGCUGACAAAAUGACAUAUUUUUUGUACAAAAAGUUUGACUCUUAUGUACUGUAGGUUCAAUAGAUGUUUUCUUUAUUGCUGUUUUUUGGAAGUUAUUUAAAUGCAUUUGUCUUGGAUCCUCUGUUCCCUGAAUGGCUUGCUUACCUCAGUGAGGUGAUCAAAAUCAAUAUACAAAAAAUCAAUUAACCAACUGUAAAAGUGCAGUUACAGGCAGCCUCAAGGAGACAGCAGACAGGUUGAGAAUGAGUAAGGGUUAGUUCAGCUGAGCCUCUCCUGAUAUAGCAACACAAGUCCCUGUACACUGUAUGCAGAUGUCAGAAUGAUUCAGGACCAGCUGGUCUCUUGUUUAGUGUUUGUGUGUCUGUGUGUGUGUGUGUGUGUGUGUGUGUGUGUGUUUGCGCGCUUGUGAAAAAGAGAAAGUGGGUGCCUUCAGGAGAAACCAUGCAAAAUGUGAAAGCUUGUGCUCAAACAAAGCAAGUUACAGGUUUCCUAGAAUAAAGCUGUGAAGGCAUCGACAUUAGUAGCAUGAGCGUAUAACGCAAGCAUUAUACAACCCAAUGUGUCUGACCUGAAUAGUAUUUUUAGAUCUGUAUCUGUAGAUGAUAUUAUACACAGUGCUUGGAUAUAAUGCUGACAACAAUAAUAAAAUGAUCUUAAUGUGA